CUUAAAAUGUCUGGAACGGAGGCACAUGGCGGCGAUACGAGUCCCACGCGUCAGCCAAGACAGAGUAGAAUCCACAGCGUCGGGUUACCGGCUCGAACGUCCCUGCUUCCGGAACCCCCGUCCGCCGGAAGUGGUGCUCCACCGCUGAUACCGCGUCGCCAUUCCGCCACACCUGCGGUAGCUCCGCCACCGAUACCAUUGCGGCCGCCAGCGAUCCCGAAACGAAGCAAAAACGAGAAACCGAUCCCGAUACAGCUGCCGACGAGGCAGGAGGGUCAGACGAAUCGACGGAAAGCCAGCGACCCGACUCCUCCGUCCUCGUCGAUAUUAUCCUCUUCCUGGACUCACGACUCGAACAAUCAGAAGCUAAUCGACCUAGGUCCAUCGAGGGCUCAGGACCAAUCGUGCAGCAGUCAGGAGUAUGCAUUGAACUUUACCAGCAAGGAGUCAUUGGAUGCUAAUGAGGAGGACGAUUUCGUGGCUGACUUCGACAAAGCGAAUUUCGAGGAAGACUCCAAGCCGAAUGAGAAGACGAGUUUCGAAGACCUGCAGAAGGCGUCGCGAGAUCUCGAGAAGAGGCUGCACGAGAGGAUCGUGAAGAGUGCCGAGUCGAAGUUCAAAGAUCAUCAGACGGUUAGAGAAGGCAGACAGAGGCAGGGAGCGAACGUGCAGAACAACAGGCUUCAGUCGAAGACGAGGAAGAAGGGUGACAGGGAGAUCUGCGAGGAAGCUGCAGACGGUAAGUCUCUGGAGAAAAUUGCCCCACCGCGGAGGGAGACACCGCAGGAGGACGAGACGAAGUUUGCAGCUCUGGUGAGGUCGCAUCGCGAGGCGGAGAAGAGAUGCAAGUUCGAGGAGCUUCAGGCCGCUUCGAAGAAGCUCGAGAGAAGGUUGCACGAGGAGGAAGACCAACCGAGGGGUUGCAAGGAAAGGCCAGUCAGCAAGUACGAGGAGUUGCAGAAAGCGUCGCAGGACCUAGAGAGACGGCUGCAUUCCGAGCAGAAAUCCACGGAAGCGGCACUGCGCGGAAAAUACGAGGCAGAGAUGGAUAGUGCCAGAAAUAUUUUACAGCACAAUUUAAGGAAAAAGAAGAACUACGAGAAAUUGGAGAAGUUACCGAAGGCAACGCAGACCAACCUUCCACCACCCCUCAGUGCGAUCUCGCAGAGCUCUGUGCCGAAACCUAUGAGCGUCCGGCAGGACAGCAACGUUUCCUCGGACAGUUUCAGUCAGACCAGUUCGCCUAGUUACACCAGCAAGACCAUGGAGGCUCCUCUUCUGCCUCACAAAUACGGCAAGGUUCCAGACAGAGCAAUGGUGUCGGAGCCGGACAACUCGUCGGGUCGCACCAUCACCAAGUCGACCAGCACGCCGGCCAGUCUGCAGGCGAUCGUCAGGGUCCACGGCGGCAACAACGGCUCCUUGCAUCACAAGAUCAUCAGAGACAUGUCCAGCAGCCAUUACGUAACCACCAGAAGAUUGCGGUUCAGAUUCAUGCAGGUAUUCUUCAACGCCGUAGCGUUGUUGAUCAUCGCCGGAGGCCUGGCCGUCUAUUUCAAGACGUAUCCAGAGACGAUUAUACGACUGGAGAACAAAACGAUCUACACGAACAUGAUCGCGUUCACGGAGCAAGUUCCGGCAGUGAUAGAGGAGAAGAAUCCAGCGCCGGGAGUGUGUCUGCCCGUAAUCGUGACGUUCUGCCAGUACCAUAAGAUCCCGUAUAAUUUCACCAUCUUCCCGAAUUUCAUUGGCAAUCACGGACAGCGAGACGCCCAGCACAUGCUCGAGCCUUUUGGCUCCGUGAUCGACGUCAGGUGCUAUGAACUGGCCGCCCUCUUCCUCUGCAGCGUUUUCGUGCCGAAAUGCGGCUCUCGUGGCCACGUUGUUCUACCUUGUCGCAGCCUCUGUUCUCAUACCAUGAGACGUUGUGGAUUCUUUCUGGACGUGUUUGGACUGACACUGUCAUACUUUCUGGACUGCAACCAGUUCUUGGAGAAUUCCAAUCCGGACAAGUGUGUGGGCCACCAGGAAGUGGUAGAGGCAGACCGGAGAGCAGAGAGACCUGUAUGCACCAACGGCUUCCAAUGCGAUGGGACCAGAUGCAUUCCGGUCGACUGGCGUUGCGACGGUCACUUGGAUUGUGCGGAUCACAGCGACGAGAUUGGAUGCGGCGAGUGUACCACCUCCACCUCCUCCACCUCUGCCUUCAGCACGAAGAUCAUGAAGAAGAAUCCAGUCUCGAAGUCGCCCUGGCAUUGCGGAGAAAGAAGGUGCAUGUUUCCGAACCACAACUGCGACGGGGUAAUGGAUUGUCCAUGGGGUCAGGACGAAAGAUACUGCUUGAGAUUGAGCGAGAGAAACGGAGACAUAGGCGAAGGGAGGUUGGAAGUGUACCACGCAGGGAUGGGUAAAUUCAUGGCAGCUUGCAUCCCUUACUGGAAUCAGAAUUCCGCCAAAACCAUCUGUUCCAUGCUCGGAUAUACGGUUUCGCUCUCGUCCCAGUUGAUCACGUUGGGUAUGAACAUUACUGACAGAGAUCCUGGAAAUCAGCAGACGAAUCUUCUCAAGGAAUUUCAGCAAUGCAUCACGGAUGAAGAAGCCUAUCCAACGGCUGAGUUGAAGUGUUCGGAAUAUGCUUGUGGACGAAGAACCACGGUUUAUGGGAAUUCGAGAGCGAAGACGAGGAUCGUAGGUGGCGUGGAGUCAGCUCCUGGUGACUGGCCGUUUCUGGCAGCUCUUCUUGGAGGUCCUGAACAGAUUUUCUAUUGUGCCGGGGUCCUGAUCGCCGAUCAGUGGGUCCUGACAGCGUCUCAUUGCGCGGGAAACCGCACCGAUGUAACUGGAUGGACGAUACAGUUAGGAAUUACUAGAAGGCACUCUUACACUUAUCUUGGUCAGAAGCUGAAGGUGAAAAGAGUGGUGUCCCAUCCGAAUUACAAUUUGGAAGUCGCUCAAGACAACGACGUGGCUCUCUUUCAGCUUGAAGAACGAGUGCAAUUUCACGAACAUCUAAGGCCAGUCUGUCUGCCAGAGGCUGACGCUCAUUUGAUACCCGGUACGCUGUGCACUGUGAUUGGCUGGGGCAGGAAAAACGAUACCGAUUGUAUGUAUUUAACGACCAAAUAUAAAAUUGUUCGAUCAUCAGUAACUACCUUAACCAGAUCAAUUUACACAGCUUCCGAAUACGAACCAGCUGUGAACGAAGUUCAAGUUCCAGUCCUGAAUAGAGAAAUAUGCAAGCUUUGGCUAGCGCACGAAGUAUCGAACUUCACUGACGGGAUGAUAUGCGCUGGAUAUCCGGACGGAGGAAAAGAUGCAUGCCAGGGUGAUUCCGGAGGACCUCUGUUGUGUCAAGACGAAGAAGACAAAGAGAAAUGGUUUGUCGGAGGAAUAGUAAGUUGGGGCAUAAAGUGUGCCCAUCCGAAACUCCCAGGGGUGUAUGCCAACGUACCAAAAUACGUGUCCUGGAUACAUAGCGAGAUGGCAAAGUACUCCGACAUAGGUAUGGUUUAA